UUAGAGGAAGUUAAAAGGAGUGGCUCGAAUGAGAAACGAACUGCUUUGAGAGCCUUCAAGUCCCUGGCUUUUGGACAAAACGUAAAAAAAUCUCGGGCCCAACGUUCUUUAGCAAAAGUCGUCUCUCUGAACAGGAAGAGCAUUGGACGUGGAAUUAAAAGAAGAAUGGAAAUUUUGAAGGGGGAGGAACCAAGUUGGCUCGUUUCUAAAAGGAAAGUGAGAUUUGAUGCUGUUCCUGAGGAGGUCAAGAGGAAUGUUUACGAUUUUUGGACGACCCAAGCUAGCCGUCCAACAGGAGACAAAAAGGAUUUUGUUCGCUAUCGUACGGGAAAGAGCCAGUAUACAGAACAUGCCAAGCACAUCCUGGAAAAGUCUCAGACAGAAGCAUUCCUAGAAUUCCAGGCCCUCUAUCCUGGCGUAAAGAUAAAGCAAAGGAAAUUUGAAUCGCUCAAGCCUUUCUUCGUGAAAGCCGCAAAAGAACGCGAUAGAAAGUCCUGCCUUUGUCGGAAGCACGUAGAGAUCAAGAUCGUCCUUGGAGAUUGUAUGAAAUUUCGCAAAGCAGCCUUAAAGGAGAGAGAUCAUGAGAGUGUUAAUGUUCUUGCCACUAUUACAGAAGCUGCAGAACUGACUCUUUGCCCCAAAGCAGAAGAAGAUCCUUACCAUAAACUGGCCUGUUUGGAAAGAGAGUGUGAGCAUUGUGGUGUCCACCUGAUGAAACUCCUUCCAGAGGAAGAAUCAAUUGAAGGUACAGUUAUUUGGAGACGCUACGAUUAUGUCUCAACAGGGAAAUUUUUGGCAAAUGGUCAGGAAAAGAAGAAGCUGGCCCUUGUAACAAAAGAAACACCACCAUCAGAAAUGUUUGGCUACUUCAAGAACCUCAUGAAAGAUUAUCCAAUGCAUUCCUUUAUGGCCAAGUGGCAACGCGAUCAGCUUGACACUUUGCUUGAGCAUUUACCUAUUGAUCAUGCAGUCGCCAUUCAUGACUAUUCAGAAGGAUACACCUGUAGGUCGCAAGAUGAGACGCAGUCUGAAUACUUUGACGUAGCGAAAGUGUCGUUGCAUGUAACUAUACUCUACCGCCAUGCUACAGAAGUUAACGAUGGUAUUGAAAGUACAGAGGAGAACCCAGAGAUUGUAAAGGAGCACGUGUUUGUGAUUUCCGAUGAUGUCAUUCAAGACAACAGUUCUGUUCACAAAGUACAGGAACUUCUGAACAAUUACAUCACAAACGACCUUGGCCAACAAGUUAAAAUUAUGCACGAAUUUACCGAUGGGUGUGCAGCCCAGUACAAGUCUCGCCACUGCCUGGGAGAUUUGUCCUGUUGCGUUGCAGACUUUGGCUUCAAAGUGCAGCGCAAUUUCUUCGAAACCUCACAUGCCAAAGGCGAACAGGACGCUGCUGGUUCUCAUGUAAAACAGAAAGUUAGCCAGGCAGUACUGCGUCGAACAGCCGCCAUCAAAAGCGCCAAGGAUAUGCACACUUACCUGACAGAAAGUUUUACUUUGCCUACUGCGUCAAGCUUCUUGUCAAGAACAAAAUCUGUCAACUUAAAACAGCGCCUCUUCUUCUAUGUGCCAGCAUCUGGCGAGGGAUCAGUCAACAGAAACAGACCAGAGCGCAAAUUUAGAGAGAUCAAGGGAAUCAGAAAGAUCCAUGCAGUUAAGUGCACCACAGAACAAGGAAAGGUGUACACACGUGAACGGUCCUGCUAUUGUCUUGACUGCCUGCUAGAAACUGGUGACUCUUGUGCUAACUCUGAGUGGGUUGAUGACUGGAAAGAGCUGAAGAUUGAAAGAGAAGCAUCACCAGCAAUUACUAGGAAUGCACAGGAAGACACUGUGGCAGUGACAACAGAAACAGCUGUCAGAAUAGCUGACUUAGCCGUAGCAGGCAGUGUGGUUGCAGUUGCAGCAGAUGCCGACUCCAGCUAUGACUAUUAUCUUUUGAAAGUCAACAGUGACGGAGUUGAGGAGCUAGCAGCAGAUGUGACAGAUGCUUAUGGCAGCAUUUACAACACAGGGCAGGAAGUUCUUAAAGGAAACUUUUUCCUAAGAGACAACCUAAUCGACAUGACAUAUAAACUUGACGAAAGUAAAGUUGCCAUUGUUCAUGCAGCGACUGUGAGGCACAUUUGUUCUGACCUUCGCACUGUAAAGAGAGGAAGAAAGUCAGUGUAUAGAGUACCUGUGAUUCUCAAUGAGGAGAUACUGGCCUCCAUGUAAUAUGAAAUGUCUAUUAAAAGGUUAAACAUUGUUUUAUUUA